AUGGGCUGCAGCUGCAGCAAAAACGAUGCGUUGGAGCCGCGCCGUCCGCUGCCAACAUUGUUGGUGGCUGUGCCGAAACACAGCGAACCAUCAGACCGCAAAGGAGAGAAGGAUGUUACGAAGGCUCAGAAGGCAGAGAGGGCUGUUGAAGUCUCGUGCCAUGCCUCUGCAGGUGCGAAGUGGCAUUUGGAGCUGCUGGCUGUGAGCGCCGAACUGAAAGAAAAGCUGCAAGAUCCUCAGUUCGUGGCGACCCGCUGCGACUUGGAUGGCUCUGGCGAUCUCGAUGCACACGAGCUGAAGCAGGCGGCCAAGGUCUAUGGCAUCUCGCAGAGUGGCAGCUCCGAAAACCACGGCAUCAAUCCUCGUCUCAUGGCUGGGCAACGCGUCAGCAAGGAAAGCUUCGCUGAAAUGGUGGCCUCUCAAGGAAGCACCAAGCUGAUCAGAGCAGUCCCGCACUCCUUGCGUGGAAUGGCAUUGGGCCAGCUUCAACAUCUUGAAGCCUUGUUCGUCAGAACCGGAUGGCUCUCUGCACGAUGUGAAUCCUUCAACGCAGAGAAUGCCCAUGCCAUUGCCAAUCGCACGAAGUUCAGACAAGAUACCAAUCUUUAUGCCUUGGACACUUUUGUGGUGACUCCAAUGUCGAAGCCAGGCAUGUGCGGAGCCCGUGAACAUGAUGAGCAGCAGACCAUUGCCGAAGCACGCGGAAUUUCAUCCUUUUCACAACUGGUGAAUCCAUUCGGCCUGUUUGUUCACUGCUUUGUCUCCCAUUUUUGGGGACACAACUGGACCAGCACUGUCACGGCUCUUGAAUUGUGGGCAGGUGCGAACUACGACAAGCUGACCUCGGAGAAGGAGGCCCUGGUCUACUGGAUAUGCCUCUUUGCGUUGAACCAGCACGACGUGGCGGAGGAGGUGGGGGAAAAUCCUCAGCAGGGACCAUUCAACGCAGCACUGGCGCAAGCCACUGGUGGUGCAGUGAUGGUUUUGGAUGAAGAAGUGAAACCGUUCUCACGCAUCUGGUGCCUCUUCGAGGCUUCUCGGUUGAAGGACUUGCAGCGUCCCUUUGAACUGAUUUGCAGUGAGGGUUCCUUGUCUCAGCCAGAGAACGGUGGACACAAGGCUGUGAGCACGAAGAUGCUCGAAACCACAUGCCAGGCCUUGUGGAACGUGUCCACUGCCAAGGCUCAAAGCUCAAUAGCUGCGGACAAAUAUCAGAUUUGGCAAGAAACGGCUGACGAAGCCAUCAGAGGUGUGAUACAGGGAGUGGGUGCCGAACGCUUCUUCACAAAUGAGAUAGAUGUCCAUGGGGCCGAUGCGUUGGCAGAGGUCUUCGGCGACUUUGAUCGCUACAUGAAGUCUCUACUCUCCACCACGGUGCUGAAGGUCCUGAUGGCUAGGGCCGACUUUGCUUCGGCGGCCACGUGCUGCCUUCAAGGCGCAGAUGUUAGUUCUGAGCAGCUGGCAGAGAUUUGCAGCAGUUUUGCUGCAGAAACUGAGAGAGAAGACUGGUUGAACAGCAUGCUGCUGCAGGCAUCGAAUCCAUCCAUGGUCAAGCUGCUUUUGGAGCAGGGUGCUGACGCGAGGGCAGCCAGGCACGAUGGUGCCACAGCAUUGAUGUUUGCUGCUCAAGGUGGCCAUGUGGCCGUGGCCCAGCUGUUGCUACAGCACGGUGCCGAUGAUGGUGAAACAGCAUUGGUGUCGGCUGCUCUAGGUGGCCAUGAGGCCGUGGCCCAGCUGUUGCUACAGCACGGUGCCGAUGUGGCGGCAGCAAGCAACGGUGGUGUCACAGCAUUGAUGUAUGCUGCUCAAGGUGGCCAUGAGGCCGUGGCCCAGCUGUUGCUACAGCACGGUGCCGAUGCGGCGGCAGCAAGCAACGGUGGUGUCACAGCAUUGAUGUUGGCUGCUCUAGGUGGCCAUGAGGCCGUGGCCCAGCUGCUGCUACAGCACGGUGCCGAUGUGAGGGCAGCACAGGACGAUGGUGGCACAGCAUUGAUGUGUGCUGCUCUAGGUGGCCAUGAGGCCGUGGCCCAGCUGCUGCUACAGCACUGUGCCGAUGUGGCGGCAGCAAGCAACGAUGGUUUCACAGCAUUGAUGUGUGCUGCUCGGCGUGGUCAUGAGGCCGUGGCCCAGCUGUUGCUACAGCACGGUGCCGAUGUGGCGGCAGCAAGCAACGAUGGUUCCAUAGCCCUGAUGUUGGCUGCUCAAGGUGGCCAUGAGGCCGUGGCCCAGCUGUUGCUACAGCACGGUGCCGAUGUGGCGGCAGCAAGCAACGAUGGUUCCACAGCAUUGAUGUUGGCAGCUCGAGGUGGUCAUGAGGCCGUGGCCCAGCUGUUGCUACAGCAUAUCACAGUUUUGAUAUUGGCUGCUGCUACAGCACUCCGUGGCUAGGCUCCUCAGGGAGUUUCAGCGUUGGCUUUUUGGAUAGCCGCUGCGGCCAUCCAAUUCAUCCAUAUCGUAGAG